UAUUACCAUUUGUAAUCUAAUAGUGAGUUAAUAUAAAAUCUAGUUGCGCCCGUGGACGUAGGAUUUACACCGAAUCCGAACCACGUAAAAUCCUUGUGUUCCUUCUUGCUUUAUUUCCUUCGUGUGUUUGUGUGUGUGAUAGUGUUUCCGCUGCGUGUACCCGGUCCGGUUCGGACGUAGGAUUUACACCGAAUCCGAACCACCGUUUCCGCUGCGUGUACCCGGUCCGGUUCCUAACACAGAGCACCAUCGAAGGAGCUCACCACCAUCGCAACGGUCGUACCCUACACAAACCAUAGGCUUAGCAGCUGAGUAGGAUGGAUCGUUUCUUUUCCAGAUGAUUUCAAUAUGAUUCCCCCACUCUUAAGACCAGAAAUCUAAAAGCUACUUGCACAGUGGUUCGGGAAUGAAGAAUGAACGUAUCAAUGGUUAGAUAUCAAUCCACUCUGUAUCUGAAGACGAGGGUUAUUGUAAAGUCUAUUCAGGGCAUCACUUACCAAACCCCUAAUUACUUGAAUGUAUUAUGGUCCAAGCAUGUGAAAAAUGAAACCUAUAAUUUUGAAGAUUGAGACGAUUAUUGCCCAUGCAUAUGAUGAUAUCCAAACAACUUUUGUAGCAAAUAAUCGAGAGAGAAAAGAAGUCAUGUUAAAUUUACUCAUGAUUUCGUAUACUUUCAGCUACAGUCAUUACCGAUCUCCAACUCUAAGUUUUCCAAAUCCAAAUAGAGGACUAAAGCAGGAAAGCAAGAGCUGUAGGUGA